AUGAUGAUCCUUGAGAAAGAAGAUGCACGUUGCUCCACAGAAAUGAACCAACAACAUCAUUUCAAUGGUGGCCGAACGCGCAAAUGUUUCCAAGACUGUAUCUUGAUGUUCAAGAACUGGGUUUGUUCAACCAGUUUGAUCUUCAUGAUCACAGUUCUUGUUCUGGCCAUGCUCUGUUGCGUAGUCGCAAGUGAACCAGAAGAUCAUCGUCAAGAGCAGCAACGAGGCCAUGAUCAGAUUCUGUACAAGAAUGGGAUGAUGAUCAGGAUCAUCACAAAGAUGAUUACUUUGGCAGUUCUGGCCUGGUUUACCAUCUAUUAUCAACGCCUCCUGCUUGAUGAAGCGCCAGAGGAAGAGAGAGGGUUGAUCAUCAUCAUCAUCAUCAUCAUCAUCACAGUUCUUGUGCUGGUGGUGCCCCGUUGUGUCCUCGCAAGUAAACCAGAAGAACGUCCUGAGCAGCAACGAGUUGCGGCCUGGUUUGCCAUUUAUUAUCAAAGCCUCCUGCUUGGUCAAGCGCCACAGAAAGAGACAGAGCAAGAACCAGAGCAAGAAGAGGCACAUAAUGAUAAUGGCGGUGGCCGAAUGCGCAUGCAAUGGUUCCAAUACUGCAUCUGGGUUUUCAAGAACUGGGUUUCUCCAAUCACUUUGAUCAUCAUCUUCACAGUUCUUGUGCCCCGUUGCGUCUUCGCAAGUGAACCAGAAGAUCGUCGUGAGCAGCAACGAGGCCAUUUUCAUAUUCUGUACAAGAAUGGGAUGAUGAUUAUGGCACUUGUGGCCGUCUUUGCCCUCUAUUAUCAAAUUCAACUUGAUCGAGUACAAAGAGGUCGGGCAGAAGAUUUACAUGGUGGUAUCAAUAAUGGGGCAGAAGAUUUACAUGGUGCUAUCGAUAACAACCACCCCGAUGAGGGUAAUAAUGCAGGGAACUUCGCUGCACGGGUUGCAGCUCAGAAUGACCAGGAGAAGUCUGACAGAGGAUAUUGA